UUCUAGACGCAUUUCAACCGUUUCUCACCCAGAGAAGUGAGGGAUUGUCUUGUCCCGCUACAUACAAUUAAUGGACGAGGCGCAGGCAUACUGAGGGAAGACGUCUGCCGAAAUGAUAGUUGUCUCGAGUUGUACCGAGUUAAAUGCCUAUCAGAAAACAUCACCAGCAACCAUCCUCAGGCGACGGUUUCUAGAACGAUUUGAUAUUAGACAUUCUCUAAUUUGAACUGCGCGAGCUGAGCUCUAUUGGAUGGGUGAGCGUGCUGGGUCGCAUGCGCACUGAGCCCCAGCAAACAGCGAGGAGGCUCGAGCAGCAGGCUGGAGGGUCUGAAGACGGGCAGCAGACAGUAUCUUUAGAACGAAGCUGCUUCCUCUCCCCUGGACAGGAGGUCGGGGAGCACCUUUUGCCACCUCAGGACUACACCCAUCUGGAGGAGCUCCUCCCCCCCGAGCAACCAUGGACAGUCUAGAGGAGGACCUGUCCUGCUCCGUGUGCUAUGGCCUGUUUUCUGACCCGCGCGUCUUGCCCUGCUCACACACCUUCUGCAGAUCCUGCCUGGACAACGUCCUCCAGCUCUCCUCCAACAUCUCCAUCUGGCGCCCGCUGCGCCUGCCGCUCAAGUGCCCCAACUGCCGAAGCGUGGUGGAGCUACCGCCCAGUGGUGUGGACGCCCUGCCCGCCAACGUGUCUCUGCGCGCCAUCAUAGAGAAGUUCCAGAAGGACCACCACCAGCCCAGGGCUCCCUGCUGUGCGGACCACCCCGGACAGCCCCUGAACGUGUACUGUGUGCAGGACCUGAGGCUGGUGUGUGGGCUGUGUCUGACCGUGGGGAAGCACCAGGGCCACGCCAUCGACGACCUGCAGGCUGCCUUCCUCAGGGAGAGGCAGGCCCCGGCCGGAUUGCUGGCCAGGCUGGCUGACCAGCGCUGGGCCCAGGUGUGUGAGCUGGGGGAACAGCUGCAGAAGGAGAAGCAGGACUGUGAGGCCAUGGUGAGGCAGGAUGCCCAGGUGGUGGAGCAGUUCUUUCAGGGGCUGGAACUGAUCCUGGCCCAGAAGAGAGAGGCCUUCCUGGGAGCCCUGGACAGCGCCAGCCUGGAGAUCUCCUUGACCUUCGACCCCCUCAUCCACCGGCUGAAAGAGAUGCAGGAGGAGCAUCUGGACCUGGUGUCUCAGGGCUCCAGGCUGCAGCAGGAGGAGUCGCCCCUCUCCUUUCUGCAGAAGGUACACGACUUCAGGGAGAGGGUCGAGGCCCUGCUCAUCUCCCCCCUGCCCUUCGCCACCCCCCUCUCCAUCGCCCCCCGCGCUGCAGACUACCUGCCCCAGCAUUGGGCGGCUGUGACAGUGGGGGAUCUAGAGGGGGGGCCGGUGCCCCAGGUGUCCUGCUGCGCCCCCCCCGAGGCCCCGGAGCCAGGCUCAGGGGUGGAGGCCAGCUGUCCCUCCCAGGGUCGGGUACGUGAGAUCGGGGAGCGUGUCCAGCCUCGCCUGGUCCCCCUGGUCCUGCUGGUCCUGCUGCUGCUGCUGGGGGCCGUGUGGGGGGACCUGGGGGCUCUGGCCUCCUCCCUGCUGAGCCACACGGCCCAGAGGCUGGGCUGGGGGCUGGGAGGGGUAGGAACGGGGUCAUGA